UCGCUCAUCUCUCUCUCUCUCUCUCUCUCUCUCUCUCUCACUCUUCUGCCGUAGCGGUAUCUUCAGCGCAGCAGGAGCAACGUACUCCAUGGUCAAAGGUCCUGCUGGUCAUCUUGGCCUUGUGACAAUCCGGAUGCACCCAGAGGAACCUGAUUGGAUCUUGGUGAUGGCAAGGAGGUGGUCUUGCUGGGCACGUGACAGCGACAACCAAUACUGUGCCGAUGAUCUCUUUCUCACUCAGGACUUCGGGCGGACAUGGAGAAAUCUCACAGAGGAAAGUCAGGGGCGCAUUUUGAGCUUUGUUGAUUUUGAUUGGGGCUGGAAUAAGAAAAUGCCAGGGCGUAGUGGCCUGCCAACCUAUACCAAGGAAACGAUCUUGGCAGCUGUGUAUGAGGCUAGGGAGGAUGUUGAGAAGCAUUUCAGGAGUACAGGGCCCACGAGCGGCGGCUGGGAUAAGUUUGUCGAUUUUGUACAUUCGAAUGACUUCUUCAAGACUCACUUCACGAAGAGCGUUCCCUGCGGCAAUCAGUUUGAGAUCAUGGAUGGCAAACUAUUUCUGGCUGUUGCAGAUCAAUGCGACCAAAGUACGAAGGGGAAGCCAGGAGGUGUAAAGCUGAAGAUCAGCGAGGACUAUGGAAAGACCUUCACUGAUGCUUGCUUCCCAGAGCCAUUGACUGAAAGGGGUUAUAGUGUUGUGCAUGUGCACAAUUCCUCGGUAUUUGUAAAUGUCGACUACAGUGAAAAUGUGCAAGGCACACACUUUGGCAGUAUGUAUGUAUCUGAUAGCAAUUUCACUCUCUUCAGUCUGAGUAUGAGAAGAACAGCAAGAUCGAGUGGCAGUGCAGUGGAUUUUUCAAGUAUUCAGAAACACACACGCACUGGAAAUUUUGAGGAUGGCGAAAUGCGGUUGAGAUCAAAAAUAACUUUCAACAAUGGUGGAAGAUGGGAGUACCUGAAGGCACCUGGAGUGGACUCUGAAAAGAAACCAAUAUCCUGCCGUCUUGAAGAUGGAUGCUCUCUCCAUCUUCAUGGUCCCACAAGUUGGGAGGGCAUGAGUGACUUGCCUGGGUUUGCAUUUGUUUACUCUCACACCUCGACACCUGGGAUAGUCAUGUCGACUGGGAACGUUGGGCAAUACUUGUAUGAGAACAAGGAGGUGAACACAUAUUUAUCCAGGGACGGUGCGCAGACAUGGGAAGAAGUUGCGAAGGGUCCUCAUAUCUACGAGUUUGGAGAUCAGGGUGGUGUUAUCAUCAUGGCCAAGCAUCACCUUCAGGGUUCAACCCCUGUGAUCAAGUAUUCCCUUGAUGAAGGAUUGACAUGGGGAAAUGUCUCAACUGGAGAAGAAAUCAAGGUCUACAACAUCCGAGUGGAGCCGGACAAUGUGGGCAAGAAAUUCAUUGUGGAAGGUGGUGUGAGUGAACUUUUCGGAUUGCUGGAGCAAGCAACGUUGGUAACAUUGGACUUCAGCACUGGAUAUGAGCAUUACACUCACUGCACUGAGGCUGACUACGAGACCUGGUCACCUUCGGAGCAACACUGCCUCCUGGGCCUGAACUAUACGAUGUGGCGGCAAAAACGAACGUCAGUCUGCUGGAAUGGCCCUGAUUACAAACGGCCGGAGCCCUCUGCUGCACCUUGUAAUUGCCAGCCUGAUGAUUAUGCUUGCGACUUUGGGAUGGAAUUUGACCAAGCUACUGCCAAAUGUCAAGUGAUCAAUGGUUUCCGGAGGGACAUGUGUCCGCUCGUGAACAAUGGCUACUACACCUACAGCAAAUCGAAUCAGCGGAUUGUUCCCGGCGACAUGUGCAGAAACCCAGCAGAUAUUGGCAAGUACAGGAGCACGCCACCCAGGAGUCGCCACGCGUUCUUUUCGUCUUUGGGCACCGUGGUCGCUUCCUGUCUUCUGGUUUUAGUAAUUCUUUUUGGAGCGGUUCUGUUCAUGGCUUAUCGAGGAUAUCUACCAGAAGGGGUCCUUGAGCAAGUCCCGCCCUUGCUCCGGUUCCGCUAUCAGAACCUACGUGGCAAUUUCCAGUCCUUGACCGAUGAUUUUGGUCUGGGGGAUGAAGACGAACGAGAAAUGCGGUGACAUGAUGAACAUAGGACAGGAACGCUUGAGAAGAAGCACACAGUCCUUCCGCAUUUCCCUGUCCUCAGUUUGGCUUUGUGUUUGCAGUCAGUGUUCCCCAAGUUUUCACUUGCCAUGUCAUCUUGAUCACAUUCUGCUAGCUAAGCGAAGGUCAGUGGGGAAGCCGGCUGUUUGCUGCUUUACUUGAAUAUCUUGCAGGAAGGAGGACAGGUAGUUUGGAAUUGCAUUUAGAGGCUUGCAAUUGCAUCAAGAGUCUGCAAGGGAUGUUUGGGUUGUCGCAGGGAUGCGGCCAUGUAGGCAACUCCCUGCGACCCACGCCGUUUGCUGCUUCAUGUGAAAGGCAAGGAGCGCUGGCAGCCAUUUCAGUGAUGAACCAGGUUGUGUUCGGAGCCCAACAGGUAGGGAUGUGCGUGAACGCAGUGAAGAGUGGAUGGUGCAGUCUCCUGCGACCAAGCUGCGGAGCGCUGCGUUGGUUGCCGUUGCCCGUGGACGGAAGAAUGAUAUGUAAAGUAGCGUGGAUUGUGUCGUGUCCUCGAUGUCAACUAAUCACAUGAGAUGGUCAUCUAGUCCUUGAUGUCAACGAUGGUACCAGAUGGUCCUGUUGUCUGGUCCUUGAUGUCAACAAUGGUACCAGAUAGUCCUACUGUCUGGUCCUUGAUAUCAACAAUGGUACCAGAUGGUCCUGUUGUCUGGUCCUUGAUAUCAACAAUGGUACCAGAUGGUCCUGUUAUCUGGUCCUUGACAUCAGCUCAUCCCACUGUAUAUAUCAUGUAAUGCAUAACAGAACUCACUGUCGACUAACACAUAACACCGACACCACACAAUUUAAGUGAAGGCGGGUUUGUCUAUAUUCGCAAGUGCGAUGACGAUAGACUUAGGGUAUGUGGGACAUUUGAAUGAAGAACUCUGUGCUAGUGGUUCUGGAAGAUCGCUUGCAUGGUAGCCAGGGGAUUCCACAGGAAGAGGACAGGGUGGGAACAGUAUGAAUUAGAAUCAAUUAUUACUUAUCCUCCCCUUCCUCCUUCCUGCCUGCACUCCUCCUCCCCUUGUUGUCGUCCUCGUUGUCUUUAUUCCUUCUGUUCAUACUCCAGAGAGUGACUCUCACUUGUCUUAUGCCUCCUGUUCUUCCUUGAGAGAAAAAACUGUCAAUAACAGGUUUUCCUUUAGAGCCAAUAUG